AUAAUAGUGCUGUAUUGUACUAUAAACGCAGUCAACAGGAUGUUUGGCAGCUGUGACGUCAGAGGUGUCAUGGCGGACGGCUCAGAGUCACAGAAUUGUCCGGGUCACAGGUUUGGGUGUAACACCUGUCCAGCCGGUGGCGCUAACCACAUUAGCAUCGUUAUCUCCUGUAAACAGGUCAACAGACGCCGAGAAAUGGAAACUAAGGAGGAGCAGCUAACAGGAGCGAGUCCAGCAGAGUGGUUUCUCAGGAAAGCCAGAGCGGCCCUGGCAGUGGCUAUAAUAAAGAACAAGCCCUCGGGGGUGAGUGGCAGGGAGUACGCUGAGGCUUCGGCCUGCAGGUUGAAGAGCCAGGAUGAAAGCUGGAAGGAUAAAGCCCAGGGGCUGGAGCGGGAGCUGCUGAGGCUGCGGCAGGAAUUACUGAUCACCAGAGUGACGUCACACACAAAGAGCACCGCGGAGGCAGCAAGUCAUGAUGACCCAAUGGACAACGCUUCUCUGGAUCUGUUUGGUCCUGCUAGUGAGGCUUACAGCUCGGGCUCAGAGACUCCUGAACUCCUGCUGGAGGACCCCCAACCGCCCAUCCCAUUUCUCGAACCACCAGUUCCCUCCAUUCACCACAGGAGUCCCGUUGGGAUGCCUCCUCACGUGCAGUUCCUCCAGUCGAUGUGCGCCCUACACCGAGUGGAAGGGAACCACAAAGGCCUGGAGUCCCUGUGGUUCGGCCCUGAUGGGGACGCAGGGUCGGUGUUGGUGGACUCCGUGUGCCAGCUCCUGGACUUGGUGGUGGCGGCGUGCAGGGAUCCUCCUCCGAUGGGUCCUGUGGAUAUGGUCCUGCAGGCCUGCCAGGUCACAACCCGAGCCAUUGACCUGUUCUGCUCCAAGAGGCUGCCGUCCGUGGAGUUCAAGAGACGAGUGGAGGAGUCCCUGUCGGAGCUGACGGGGCUGCUGCUGCACAGCCAUCAGCUCAGCGGGGCUGCAGAGAGGCUGAUGGAGUACCUGAUCACGCUGGGGAGCAGCAGCAUGUCAAAGUCCUUUCUCAUUCGUCACAUCCUCUCUGAAAUCAGCGCCCUGGCUGAUCAGCUCUGGCAGGCCUUCCAGGCUCGGGAGAAGUCGGGUCUGGACUCGUUUCCUCUGGACCAGUAUCAGAACUCGUGCUACCUGUUCUGGAUCGUGGAGGACCUCCUGCAGAGAUCUCAGGUACCCUGCAGGGUGGAGGCCGGCUCGGAGCAGAGCGGCUUCCUCCUCCACCUGGAGCAGAGAAUCCUGCUGCUGUCAGACGAGUUCCCUCUCUUCUUCAUCUACAUGUGGAGGAUCGGAGGCCUGAUCACCUCCAAGUAACAUGCAGAAAGAGCAGAAACAGGUUCAUUAUGCUGUUAAAUUACUGACAAUUAGAAGAGACUUGUUCACGUUUAAAAAACUGAUCAUCGACAGAGAGUUAGCAGGUAAUUUAUGUUUCCAGUUGCUGCCAAGAAAAGUGGGAAAUGUUUGUAUUUAUAAUGUUUAUUUCGUUUAACCCUCUGGAGUCUCCAAAAGCGCCAAAGCAUGACUUCUUCAUCACAUCCAGACUAGAAAACAAAGCAGACCGAAAGAAGACACAAAAAGAGACAAAAUGACCAAAAA